AUGGCCUCUCCGUAGUCCGUAUCUUUCUCUCUUCCCGCAACCAUCUUCUCCCCCAAAAUCUCCCCAACUCCCAGCUCCCAACUCCUCCGCCCAUCCAAAUACCAUAAACACACUCCAACUCCUUCCUCCGCGGCCUAAAGUCCCAGUCUUUCCGCUAAAUCCCGCUUAUCCCCCCGUCUUUCCUCGCCCGUACAGCCCCCGGAACCAAGAUCGAUCCUUCCUCGAGGUGCAGUCGCCGGAUUGGAGCAUGAGGCUCCGAUCCGCGCCGCCGGCGCCGCCGCGGCUGCUGCUGGUGCUGGCCGUGCUCCUGUACGGCUUCUGCUGCUGCUGCGAGGGGAGGUUCGUCGUGGAGAAGAACAGCCUCAAGGUCACGGCGCCGGACUCUCUUAAAGGCAGCUACGAGUGCGCCAUUGGCAACUUCGGCGUGCCGCAGUACGGGGGCACCAUGGUCGGCGUCGUCGCCUACCCUAAGUCCAACCGGAAGGCCUGCAAGAGCUUUGACGACUUCGACAUCUCCUACAAGGCCAAGCCCGGGUCCUUGCCCACCUUCUUGCUAGUCGACCGGGGAGAUUGCUUCUUCACAAAGAAGGCAUGGAAUGCUCAGAACGCAGGAGUGGCGGCUAUUCUUGUUGCUGAUGACAAGGAUGAGCCUCUAAUUACAAUGGAUACACCUGAAGAGAGUGGAAGGGCUGAUUAUUUAGAGAACAUCACCAUACCAUCAGCGCUGAUAACAAAAAGCUUCGGGGACAGACUCAGGAAAGCAGUCGAUGGCGGUCACAUGGUUAAUGUGAAUUUAGAUUGGAGGGAGUCCCUGCCUCACCCUGAUGAGCGUGUUGAAUACGAGUUCUGGACCAACAGUAACGAUGAAUGUGGUCCCAAAUGCGACAGCCAGAUUGAUUUCGUUAAGAGCUUUAAAGGACCAGCACAGAUACUUGAGAAAAAGGGAUACACACAGUUCACUCCUCAUUACAUUACCUGGUAUUGCCCGGAGGCCUUCACACUAAGCAAGCAGUGCAAGUCCCAGUGUAUCAACCAUGGAAGGUACUGUGCACCUGACCCGGAACAGGAUUUCAGCAAAGGGUAUGAUGGGAAAGACGUGGUGGUUCAAAAUUUGCGGCAAGUCUGUGUUUAUAAAGUUGCGAAGGAGAAUAAGAAGCCUUGGUUAUGGUGGGACUAUGUGACCGAUUUUGCAAUCCGCUGCCCAAUGAAGGAAAAGAAGUAUACCAAGGAAUGUGCUGAUGGAGUUAUCAAGUCACUUGGACUUGAUCACAAAGCAAUAGAUAAGUGUAUUGGUGAUCCAAAUGCUGAUGAAGAAAAUCCUGUGCUGAAAGCUGAACAGGAUGCUCAGAUUGGCAAAGGCGCUCGUGGCGAUGUCACUAUAUUACCAACACUGGUCAUCAAUAAUAGACAAUACAGAGGGAAACUUGACAAAGGGGCAGUUCUUAAAGCACUUUGUGCAGGUUUCCAAGAAACUACUGAGCCUGCCGUUUGCUUGAGUGAAGAUAUACAAACCAACGAGUGCUUGGAGAACAAUGGUGGCUGUUGGCACGAUAAGGCUGCUAACAUAUCUGCAUGCAAGGAUACUUUCCGUGGUAGAGUUUGCGAAUGCCCGGUUGUGAAAGGGGUAAAAUUUGUUGGUGAUGGCUACACUCACUGUGAAGCUUCAGGAUCUGGUCGCUGUGAGAUUAACAAUGGUGGAUGUUGGAAAGAGACCAGGAAUGGCCGGACACACUCUGCCUGCACUGAUGGUGGCUGUAAAUGUCCAGAUGGGUUCAAAGGUGAUGGUGUUCACAAAUGUGAAGAUGUUGAUGAAUGCAAGGAAAGGACUGCAUGCCAGUGCAAGGAAUGUAAAUGCAAGAACACAUGGGGAAGCUACGAGUGCGGGUGUGGUGGUGGCUUGCUGUACAUGAAGGAGCAUGAUACGUGCAUAAGCAAAGAUGCAGGAGCACGGGUAGGCUGGAAUUUCCUAUGGUUUCUAUUGUUUGGCCUAGCGGCAGUAGGAAUCGCAGGAUACGCGGUGUACAAGUACAGGAUCCGGAGCUACAUGGAUUCAGAGAUCCGCGCUAUCAUGGCACAGUACAUGCCCCUGGACAACCAAGGAGAGAUCCCCAACCAUUCUCACCAUAUUGAGAUGUGAAGGGCAGCAGCACAGGCUGAUAGGCAGUUUGUUUCAGCUUACGGGAGGGAUGAUUGGGGGAAGAGAAGAACACUUGUCUUGCAUAUGUUGUGUGUGGCCAUCCUGUAAAUUCAGUCGUAGAUCAAACUGGAAGAGAAACACUUGUCUUGAAUGGUGUGAUCAUCUCUUUCUUUUCUGUUCUCUAAUCAGAAAAGAGAUGGCAAACUCAUGUCAUGUGUGCUUCUUUUUCCUAGGUUCUCCUUUUUAACCCA